AAAGAAUAGUUGUCUUGAUGUUUUAAACUAAGAAGGCUAAUAUAAAAUUUACAAGCGAUAAAAAAUUCUGUGAAUCCCUCUAAAAAAAUGUUUUUGUAAACAGGCUUGAUCAAGGAUGUUCCUCAAAGAUUCCUGAGAAAACUUAGAAAGUAUCAUAUAUUGUUAUAAAUAGAUUGAAAAAACUUCUAAUACGAAGUUUAGUACAAAGCAAUCAGAACCAAUCUUAAAAUAAAUUCCAUCAUUAAUAAAAUAAUGGAAAAUAAGCGAUAAAAAGCAACUGCCAAAUUCAGCAGAAGUAACAAAAUGUUAUGAAGAUAAUUCUUCGCUUAUACAACAAUUAAUAUAAGAAAAUAUUUAACUAAAAAAAUAAAACUUAGUCAAAGAUUCAAUCAUAAAUUAGUUGAUAACAAAUAAUGAUACAUCAAAAGCUAAUGUAUUAAGAGCAAGCACGUCUUAAACUGAAAGACAAUGUAACAAAUUAUAAAAGCAACAUAACAAGUAUCAAUAUUACAAAUAAUUAGUUAGAAGAAUGCACGCAAAAGUAUGGAAGAACUAUCGUCUUUAGGAUUUACAUUUUGUAACACAGAGCAAAAAAAUAAUAAUUAAGAAUCUGAAUAAUUCUCUAUAAAAUCUUCAAAAAGUCCAACAAAAUUACCAAAAGAAUUUUAGAUAUUCCCCAAAAAAAGUCAUAAAAAGUUUGUUGUUUGAGUUUUUGAUUAGAUUGGUUUCAAUAAUG